AUGCCACGAACUACCAAAUCAAAACUCAAAAUUAAAAAAACUUCACCGCCACCACCAGGCUACGAUAAAAUCGCCCCCACGAUACUCAAAUACAAACAAAAACUAAAAUCAGCAACUACCAACUCCACCAGUCCCACCACCGGCUCUACCAUCCCUGGAGCAAAGCCCACAUCACUAUGUCCCAUUUACAAAAUAACCCACGACGUCACCAAAUACAUCUACGACUUACACACGAGACAAAAGAUCAGUGAUGAAUUAUAUACAUGGUUAACAUUACAAGAUUAUGUUGAUUCACUCUUGAUUGCUAAAUGGAAAAAACAAGGGUAUGAGAAACUAUGUUGUACUCAAUGUAUCACUGGAGGAUCAACUUGUAUUUGUCGCGUGCCGAAGGUGGAGUUAUUGAAACGGGGUCAAGAUGAUAAAGUUGAUGUUGAAUGUGUUACUUGUGGAUGUCGAGGUUGUGCAUCUAGUGAUUAG